AUGCUUGAUGGGCUGAGCCCCCAGGCCGGAAAAAUCUGGAAGAAGGCACAACUAACCUUCCUACUUGAUGGCAAGCGUAUGACAGAAACCUUCCUAAUCUGUAAUACUGGGUCCCAUGCUGCCAUCUUAGGAAUCAAAUGGUUGGAACACCAUAACCCGGAAAUUGACUGGAAUUCACAAACUCUCUCCUUUCCCCAUGCACCACCAGAGCACAUGGCCAUUGCUGAAGAAGAGGAAGCCAACAAGAACCCCCUAGAAGGAGUACCCUCAAAGUACCACCAAUACGCCAAGGUAUUUGGAGAAGAAGAAUUCAACAAGCUUCCUCCCCAUUGGCAUUACAACAUUGGGAUAGAACUCACAGAAGAAGGCCCCCUCAACCUGCCCCUAUACAAUAUGACCAACGCCAAAUCUGCCACACUCAAGGAUUGGCUCAGGGACAAGCUUAAAGCAGGGAAGAUCCGCCCUAGCAAGUCUUCUAUCAGCUCACCAGUGAUGUUUGUUCCAAAGAAGGAUGGUUCCCGCUGCUUGGUAGUGGACUACCGUUGCCUCAACAAUUGGACAAAGAAAAAUGUUUACCCACUACCCCGUCCCAAUGAUCUCAUGGCCCAGCUCCGUGGGGCCAAGGUCUUUACCAAGUUAGAUCUAAGAUGGGGCUACAAUAAUGUCCAAGUUAAGGAAGGCAACAAGUGGAAAACCGCUUUCUGUACCAAAUACGGCCUCUAUGAAUCACUAGUCAUGACAUUUGGUUUGACCAAUGCCCCCGCCUCUUUUCAACACUUCAUGAACAACCUGUUCAAGGAUCUAUUGGAUGUAUGCAUCAUCAUUUACCUUGACAACAUCCUGAUCUACUCCAAAGAUGACGCAUCCCACACACAACACGUCCAUGAAGUUCUAUGGCAAUUAAUGGAAAAUCAGCUAUUUUGCAAGGCCUCAAAGUGUACCUUCCAUGUAACAUCCGUGGAAUACCUUGGUAUAAUUGUCUUGGAUAAGGGAUUCAGCUUGGAUAAGCUCAAAAUCCAAGCAGUUCAGGAAUGGCCCACACCCACAAAGGUCAAAGAAGUCCAGUUGUUCCUAGGUUUUGCCAACUUCCUAUGUCAGUUUGUUGCCAACUUUAGCCACAUGGCCAGGCCCUUACACAACCUGGUCAAAAAGGACACUCUGUGGAAAUGGGACACUAAGGAACAGGAGGCUUUCCAAAGGCUAAAGGAAGCCAUAACCAACGCCCCAGUAUUCCGCCACGCCAACCUUGCAAAGCCUUACUUCCUGGAAAUUGAUGCAUCUGGUGCAGCUCUGGGUUCCAUCCUUAGUCAACAACAGGAAGACAGGUGCCUACAUCCACUUGGUUUCCUAUCCAAAUCAUUCAAAGGAGCCAAGCAGAACUAUGACACACACAAUAAGGAGCUUCUAGCAAUCAUCUGCUCCUUUGAGUAUUGGCACAUAUUCUUGGAAGGAACAGAACACCCAAUCACUGUUUUCACAGACCACCGCAAUCUAGAAUAUUGGAAGGAAUCCCGCACAUUCAAUCAACAACACGCACAAUGGCACCUACUCUUGGCUGGUUACAACUUUCAAAUUGUCUACAGAUUGGGAAAGCAAUCCAGAAAACCCAAUGCCCUGUCAUGCCAACCCAAUCAUGCCAAUAUCCCACCUACCAACCAAACCAUGCUCCCCAACCCUGUCUUUGCAAACGUGGCACUAGUACUACCGGAAAGGGAACUGCAGCGCCAGAUCAAAUCAUUGCUUGAUCAGGAUGAGUCCCUGGAGGAAAUCCUUCAAUUCCUACAAAACAAGUCCAAGGCACCUCCCUCCAUCAAACACGCUUUCAAGGAUUACAAAAUGGAGGCAGGUCUUCUCUUCUACCAAGGAUGCAUUGUAGUUCCAGAUGUAGGGACCUUAAGGAUAGAUCUGCUACGCAUCUUCCAUGAUAGUCCCCUAGCCGGUCACCCUGGAAGACAACAAACCCUGGAAUUGGUCUCUAGGAAUUACUACUGGCCAGGCAUCCAUGCAGAUAUGUACUGGCAUGUUGACUCCUGUGAAACUUGCCAGAGAAUCUGGAAGCCAAAAUACACAUCCAUUCCCCUGCAACCACUAGAACUCCUGUCACAACCUUGGCAACAUGUAUCAUAUGACAUGAUUGUAGACUUACCCAAGGAUGGAAGUAACAACUCAAUCCUGGUGAUCAUUGACAGCUUUACAAAGUACGGGAUAUUUGUGAAAUGCUCCAAAAAACUCAAAGCACCCAAGUUGGCAGAACUAUUCCUGGAGAAUGUGUGGAAACACCAUGGCAUGCUGGAAAAGACCAUAUCUGACAGAGGAAGGGUCUUUAACAACAAAUUCUUAUGGGCCCUGUACAAACGCCUUGGCAUUGACCCUCACUUCUCCUCAGCAUACCACCCUGUCGUACACCACUGUAAGGUGGGUACUUGCUAG